CUUUUUGAUAGUUCAGAUUGAAUAAAGAUACUCACUUGCUACAAAUUAUAUUUAAAUGAGUUAAACUGAUUCCAUCACAAUUAUAUUUAAUCGUUUCAACGAUUCAAUCGACUAUUAGUAACUAAUCAUGGCAAUCAACUUGGAGACGAUAUUUGUAACGUUAAUUGUUUCGACAACAAUUGCCUUGGGGUGUCAAGUAAAACAUUUCAAAAACAGUGAAUCAUUUGUUUGUGUUUGUGAUCAAGUUAAUUGUGAUUCAGCUAAUCGCUUACCACACUCAUUAGAUAAACACUUAACAAUAUAUUUAACAGACAAAUCAUCGCAUCGUUUAACUAAAAGUCUAAUUCACAUUGAUGAUUUAGCUUAUAAUUCAAAUGAACUGGUUGAUGUUGAGGUUAAGGUCAAUACUUCAAAUCGACGACAAUCAAUCACAGGCUUCGGUGGUUCAUUUACCGAUUCGUCGGGAAUCAAUAUUAAUAAAUUAUCACCUGAUUUGGCUGAUAAAUUGAUGACUGAUUAUUAUGGUGAAACUGGAUUACAUUAUACAGUUUCUCGAGUUCCUAUCGGUGGAUCUGAUUUCUCAGAUCGCCCCUACUCCUAUGAUGAUACCGGUGAUUAUGUCCUGAAAAAUUUUGCAUUAGCACCAGAUGACUCUAGUUAUAAGAUUCCAUUGAUUAAGAAAGCAUUGAGUCUCAGUCCUGAGUUGAAACUCUUUGGCUCACCUUGGUCUUCACCCGCUUGGUUAAAGACUAGUAAAAAGUUUGAAGGGCUCGGUAUAUUACAGGGAGAACCUGGUUCGUUGGGCUGGAAAACUUGGGCCUAUUAUAUCGUCAAAUUUUUAAAAGCUUAUCGUGAUAAUGGAAUUGAAUUUUGGGGUCUCACUCCUGAAAACGAACCUAAUGUUGGCCUUAUUCCAGGCUGGAGGUGGAACUCGCUUGGAUUUUCUGGAUCAAUGAUGAGAGACUGGAUCAAAAAAGACCUUGGCCCAGCCUUGACCGCCGCGGGUUUUACCAAAGACAAACUGAAAUUAAUGAUCUAUGACGACAAUUUAAGUUCAAUUUUACCAUUUAUCAGGCCAAUUCUAUCAGAUAAAGAGGCAGCUAAAUAUGUGUCUGGUAUCGCUUAUCAUUGGUACGCACGAUCUUCUUAUCACAGCAGCUUGAACGAAGUUCACGAACUUUAUCCAGAAUAUUUUCUAUUGUCCACCGAAGCAUGUGAAGGUUUUAUUUUUGACCAAGAACACGUUUCUUAUGGUAACUGGACUCGAGCUGAAAACAUUGCCGAUGAUAUAAUUGAAGGACUGAAUAGAUGGUCAACAGGUUGGGUUGACUGGAACCUUGCAUUAGAUGAACAGGGUGGACCAAAUUGGGCCAAUAAUUUUGUCGACGCUCUGAUCAUUGUAAACGCAACUUCCAAUGAAUACUACAAACAGCCAAUGUUUUAUGCCUUUGGGCAUUUCAGUAAAUUCAUACGACCAGGAUCAGUUAAUGUCGCCCAUAAGAUGACAAUUAAAUCAGAUGUUGAUUCAAACAAGAUCAAAAUGACCACUUUUAUUAGCCCAUCAAAUGAAUUAAUUUUAACCAUUCUAAAUCGUCAAGAAUCAGCAAUUAAAUUGUCAAUUGAAGGCGUAGCUGAUAAAAGAUUCACUUUAAUUGUUGAACCAAGAUCAAUAACAACUCUAAUCAACCCAACGAAUUAAACUCUCCAUCUUUGAAGAGCAUCAAUGUCAAGAUUAUGAUUAAAUAUAUUAAUAAUAAAACUUAACUUGGAAAAGUAUA